CCACCAUGCAAACUCUCGGUCGAAUUGAUACUCACUUCCAUAUCGUACCCGACUUCUUUGCUCAGGCAAUAGAAGAAACAGGCGGUGAUCCGUCAGGAUGGAAGACCCCAGGCUGGAGCGUAGAGCAGGCCAAAGCCCACAUGGAACAACUUGGCAUUCAAAGCGCUGUCAUGUCGAUCACAGCCCCAGGUACCAAUAUUUACUCAGAUAAUAUUGACAAAGGCAGAGAGUUGGCCCGCAAGUGCAAUGACUAUUGUGCAAAGCUGGCAAAGGACGAUCCUAGCCGAUUCGGAUGGUUCGCUACCGUCCCCCCUCUUACAGACCUUGCUGGAUGUCUCGAGGAAAUCGAUCGCGCUUUCAACCACCUUGGCGCAGAUGGAGUCACGCUGCUUUCCAGCUGUCCAAAAGACAACCAAUCCCUCUACCUUGGAAACGAAUUGUUCCAGCCUAUCUGGGAAAAGCUGGCGUCACUCAAUGCUAUUGUCUUCAUCCAUCCAACAGGCUCCGUAACGCCGCCGGUGAACAAGUUCGCUCCACAGCCUCUGUUUGACUUCCCGCAAGAGACCACUCGUACAGCUGCCGACUUGGUUCUGUCUGGAACCAAGGCGAAAUACCCCAACAUCAAGAUAAUCCUCUCGCAUGCUGGUGGUACUAUACCCUUCCUUGCCCCACGCAUUUCUGGUAUUCCGACCGGCUUCAGAACACCUCAACAGCUUCGAGAGGACUUCAGAUCUUUCUACUUUGAUACUGCCUUGAGCUCUUCCAAAGGGCAGUUGCUGGCUUUGCUGGAAGUAGCUGAUCCGUCUCGCAUCUUUUUUGGUAGCGAUGUACCGUACGCUCCUUUAGAAGUAGUUCAGUAUGUGACAAAGCAGCUGGACGAUUUCUUCUCGAGCGAUGAAAACAAACAUUUAGCUGAAAAAGUGAACCGUGAAAAUGCCUUGGCGCUGUUCCCAAAGUUCUCCAAACCAAGCCUAUAAGCGUUUGUGAAAUUGGAGUUAUAGUUAUAGCCUUUUAUCAUUAGCACGAUUGAAUAAAUUUUGGAAGGCGGUGUAAGAUCAUUUUCACAAUGGAGGGAGCUUGAUCGAUGCUGUUGACUUGCAUAUAUAGACUGUGAUCAAUGUCUUCAUUUUGGAAACGCUGAGCAUAAACGCUGUGCAGUCCUGCCCUGCCUGAGCCG